AUGAGCUAAAUUAACUAAGAUGAGUUGAUUAUUAUGAAGAACGUUCUCUUUUUGGCUUAAUCAAGCAAAAAAAGCUUAUAAAGCUAAAGAAAUUUACUAAAUAAAUGGUUUUAAGAUUCUAUUAAGAGCUAUUUUAUGGAAUCACUUGCAUCUUCCCUAAUCGCUAAUCACCUUAAUUUAUAAUCUACUUAAUCAGUUAAAGCAUUUAUCCACAAAUAAAUAGACUAAAAUAAGCCUAAAUAUAUGGGAAUCAUUGAUUAAUAUUUUAAUUAUAUCAAAAAAUACAACUAAUAAUACUCUUUUACGACAAAGCUUCAACAAAUUCUUUUGGAACCCAUAGAUAUUACUAAUUUGAGUGAAGGUCACUCUUAAAAUUGUAUGAAAAAAGCUAGAAAAUAAUUUGUAUCUAUUCUAAUCUUAAAGUAUUUUAAUUUAUAUGGCCAACAAGAAAUGUCAUCUUUUUACGAUCUUUGGAACAUCUGUUUCCCUUAAGUUGUUUAAGAAAAAAAGAAACUUUCUAAAUAUGAUAAUUAGAGCAAAAGUAAAAGGUCAUAAGCCAAUCUUAAAUAAAAGCUAGCUGAAAACGAGUCUUUAAAAACCAAACAGAAAAGUACAUCUUUAUAAAUAGAAUAAUAAUAAUAAUAAACUAUUUAGCAAGAAAACUUGUAAACUUAAUUUCAAGUAAACCUGUAGACUGAGUAAGUUGCAACUGAAAAUUACUUUGAUUAAAUUUAAACUAAAAUCGAUUUGGAAAAGUAGUAUUAACAAACUAACAUCCAAGAAUAA